AUGAGGGUCUAUGUAAACGGCCAGUCUGUGGGCAGCAUUGUUGAUAUGCAGGAUGAAGAGCAGAAUCGAGCGUUAAAGCGUGCCAUCGGCGGCGCAUUUACCACAAAAAGCCUCCUGGACUAUGAGCCGGACGUCGACACUACUCUGGAGGAACUCUUACAACGAAUUGGAAACGGCUCAACUUUCAUACUCCAUGAGAUUCUUCAGUGGUUCCAGCUAGAUUUCCUCAUGAAAAUUGCGUUUACUGAGACACCUGGUCACCUCCAGAACGGAACAGACGUCUACGGCCUGGCAACGCUAACUUCAAAGCGGCUUGCUCAUUGGUUUUCCUGGCAGAGCCUACCACAGUUGGAGCGCUUCAUCUACCGUAAUCCAAUCUGGGGCAGGUUUCUUGCUCAACCAUCAGAAUGGGCAAAAAUGAGCCGAAAACGCUUUACCAACCGUCUGACAGCCACAAAAGAGGGGCAAGGAUUAGAUCGGAGAGAUCUCUUGCAGAAAUGCAUUGACUACAGCGAGAAAUACCCCAACGUUCUCAAGCCUCAAACGAUCACCAGUGUGGUGAAUUCCAUUAUCUCGGCCGGCACCAACACUACAUCUGGCGCAAUGACUGCUAUUUUGUAUUUUCUAUUGAAGAACCCCUCUUGUUACAAGUCAUUGAUGAAAGAGCUGCGUUCCGCCCGGCAGUCUGGCAAACUCUCUAUUCCUCCUCGCUACACCGAGGUCAGUCGCCUGCCAUACCUGGAUGCUGUGUUGAAAGAGACUCUUCGACUGAGUCCAGCUCUUGGCAUCCCAAUGGAAAGAAUUGUUCCCCCGUCAGGUUGCUUUGUCAACGGGAUCUUUAUCCCCGGAGGCACUGUGAUUGGUUGUCUCGCUAUGGCUGUACAUAUGGAUCAGGCCUGCUUCGGGAAAGACUCAGACGUGUUUCGACCAGAGCGUUGGCUAAACGCAUCUGAUGCAGAACGCAUCGCUAUGGAGCGAGGCUUCCUCGCGUGGAGCGCCGGAAGCCGAGCAUGCUUGGGUCGACAUAUUGCAGAGCUGGAGAUAAAAAAGAUUAUCCCAACUUUGCUUUUAAAGUAUAACGUGAGUCCCCCAUACUUCAAAGUGGGCAAAGGCUGCAAAAGGAUUAACUUGAAACUCACAGAUAACUUUGGACAAUCCUAA